AUGGACCCUCCCAAGACAAACGACGUCAGCAAGCCCGGCGAUGCGGCGCCUCCACCAUACCAGGCCCCUCCUCCCCAGAACCAACCGCAGAACUACCCUCCGCAGCAACCACCUCAGGCACACUACGGCGACCCGAACUACCAGCAGUUCAAGCCAUACGAGCAAGGCCCGCCUCCGCAGGGCGGCUACUACCAACAAGCGCCGCCGAUGGGAUACUAUGCUCAACAAGGACCCUACGGCCAACCAGGGCCUUACGGUCAGCCGGGAUACGGACCACCGCCUCCCGGUGGCUACUAUCAGCAGCCAUAUGGUCAUUACCAAGACGAUAGGGGAAGGAAGCCCGGCCUCUUGGAGGGUCUAUUGGCUGGUUUGGCCUGCUGUUGCUGUCUGGACUGUCUGCUCUUCUAG